CUAAAGCAAAAUGUCAGUUUUUUUCUCAAUGGCAUAUUCUUUUGCUGCUAUAAAUUUCUUGCGUGAUAAGAAGUGAAAAAAAAAAAAUAAAAAAUUGCAAACUUAGUGAAGUUAGUGCAUUAAACAAUGAUAAUUAUAGAAAAACUAUAAUUACCGUCAUAUGUAGAAUAACAAAAGUGGUUGUAAUAUAAAAUUGUUUAGUGAACAAGUUAGAUAUGCAAGAAAGAAACGGCAUUUCAGAAAUCCAAAGUUCCGUUCAUCGCUUUAAGGGGUAUGCUGCAGAAUACAAAAAUUCCAAAGAAUUGCAACCAGAAAAUUAUAGUUCAAAAAAUUUACAACAAAUUGCGCCUUUGUUUCGGGAAAGGAAAUCCCAGGAUAGUAUAAACAUUUGUGUUAUAAGUGGUGAUGGAGACAUAAAGCAUUUUGAAAUAAGUGAUACAGAUAGUGAAUUGGCUGGAUUUGGAUCACAACAAAACUCAAGUAAAGACUGUUCCAAAAAACAAGACGAGUUAAAGAAAAGUUUGCCAAAUAUUUCGGUGAAAAAGGGAACAAUUGAGCUGAGGUGUUUGAACAUGACGGAAUGCGGUUAUCAACAAAGAGAACAAUCUUCGCUGAAAUCCAUUUAUGGUAGUGAAUCGAUUGAAUUAGAUACUGGACUAAAUCCUGCUGCCGUUAAACAUAGCAAUAUAAUGAAUGUAAAAAAAUUGGAUGAAAUUGCACAAAACCCUGUGGAUCAAAUUGUUGAAAUCUGCUCAAAAUCGACUACUAGUUCAGAGGCGAAUAGGAGGCAGCAAAUUAAUUCCAAGUAUCAGUUGCGUUUACGUUUAAAUCAACAAACUGUGAAUAAUAACAGCAAUAAAAACAAAUAUUCUACUGAAACCACCAGCGAUUUUCCCGUUAGUUCUCCUUCAAAUCCACGAAAUCGGAGUGCUCUUCAAAAGAACACAUUGUCCGGGGACAUUUUUGAACGUAAUCUUGCUUUAUUGACAACGCAAAAGCCCCAAAUGUCUUUGGAUGAAAAGAUUAACGCUUGGAAAUGUGAUAUAGAUUUCAGUGAGGUGGAAGAUGUGGAUAGUUUCGAUGCUCUUUUCAGAGAACAUGAGGAAUUGCAACAAAGAGUAAUAGAAGGCCAGAAAAAUAUGAAUGGGGCAUUCAACAGCGAACAUUAUGAUUUUAAAGUAUUUCGAAAUGAAAUUCUUCCUAGGAUGAAUUCUGCAACUACUUUCAAAGAAAAACCAGAUAAAACGAAAUCUUCUGGUGUUGUGACAUCAUCGGCACAACGUCGUAUACGAGCAGCUCUGGAAUUUGAUUCUAAAAAACGUCAACAACAAAAUUUGUUAAGAGGAAGAAAUGCCACACCCACAUUUACAUCGUCUUCUGAAAAUGAUUUACUUUUCAGCCUCUCUUCCCAACAAAAAUCCAACAUCGUACCAUCAAAACUACGACCUAGAAGUUCUGAACAUUGUAAUCAAGUUCUGAAUGGAAAGUCUUCAUGUAAUAUUUUAGAAACUAAUGAAGCCAUGCGUCGCCCUUCACAAAUAAUAAUUGGCGGAUAUCCAUCGAUGGUAACGCGUCGAUCUCGGCCAUCUGCUGAUGAGAAAUCGGUUUUUAAGUUACACCGCCUGAAUAGAGAAAUUGAUAAACUCAGUGGAAAGAGUGAAACAAAUUCUCGUGGUCUUAUUCAAAUGCGUUUGGAUUUUGCAAUACAAAAUAAAAGUCAACAACUGUACGAGCGAAGAAGUCAAUUGUUUAAAACGCCUACAUUGCCACAAAAAUGUCUGCCGCUGCCCACCAACACCAACACCCAGUUAUUGACGCCAAAUCCAACUGCCUUAAACGUAUCUUUGUUAAUGUCAAAGGAUACAAAUAGCUUUAAUCAUAAUAACACAGAGAAAAACAUAGAUUGUCCACUUCACCAAACCUAUGACAGUGAUUUACAAACACAAGUAAUGGCCCCUUCGCCACAUGAAGCGGAUCGGUCCUACUCUACACUUUCCCCCGCUUCGAAAACACUUCUAUCCGCCAGCACAUGCCAUCAACAACAAGAGUUUUGCAAUUACUUGGGAUUGACCGGCAUGUCUACGGCCAAUGCAGUAGCAAAUGCUGUGGCUGAAUUGGCCAAGUGUAAUUUAACAAGACGCUCUUUGCGUGUACGCCGCUUGAAGCAACAGGAGAAAAAUGAAAAUAACCAAAAAAUCAUAAAUCCAAAAGACAUUGCAUUGGGCGAUGAGUAUAUACAAAUAACAGUGGGCGAAAGAUUAAAUGCAGGCCAAGUGGUUGACAAAAAGGAAUCAAUUGCAAAUCUCACCGAGAUCGCAGCAAAUUUAUGUGAUAAGGAGUCUCAUCCUCCGGCGAAUCAGAAAAGCUCUUAUAACAUAGCAGAAGAGAAGGUACAUGAAGUGCAAAUCGAUUGCAAUGAAUACUGCGAAGCUCAUAAGGAAUCCAUAGAAGUGGAUACCGUGCCCAAACGCAAAACGCUACUACGCCAUUUAAAACAACAGAAUGCGACAAAUUCAAAUGGCACAUCAACAUGUCCGCGGUCGUCGGUUAGUGACGUUCUUUAUGACUAUGAGAUGAACAGCAAUCCCCCCACAGCAAAUGAAUCACAAAGAAACAACAGUAUACUAGACACUGAGUACAGACCGUCACCAACGCCAAACAGUGUAAGCUCAUCCUUUAAGCAUACCUUGAAUUCAAAUACCGUAGAACAUCAAAAUUGUAUUAAAAGGCAGUUACAUCAUAAGUUCAAAAAGUAUUUAGAAGCCUCGCGGAAAAGGAAGCCUAGUAUUUAUAUUGUAGAUACUUUACAUAACCCCGAACCGCGGCAGUGUUUCCAACAGGAAAACAAUCGUAUGGUGGACGUGGGAGUAGAAACUUCUUCUGCUGAAAAAAAUUUGGUAAAUACUCAACUUUCGAAUCACACAAAAAGUGUAAGCAUUGAAAAAAGCGUUAAUAAUAUCGAAACAAAUGUUAUUAAAUUAACGGAGACUCAGAAACCAGAAUCGUUAUUACUUUCAAAGCAAAAGAAAAAGGACCGCUUACGAAAGUUAUUGGCCGUCGCCACACCUUGGCAUAAAAUAAAAAAUCAUCGCCAGCUUCGAAGCCGUAAAAUUUUGUUGGUAAAAAGAAUAAAAACAGCAGCAAACAAAACUCCAAAGGCAGCAAAACCAAGUGUCAGUACUGAAAAACCUGAGCAUUGCAGUGUAACUUCAAAAUUCAGGAACGAUAUAUCUGAAACAAAGAGUCUCAAAUUGAGAAAAGUAAAAAAUCAAAAUUACAAAAAAAACUACAAACGACUUCAUAAAGGUAAAUUAACACACAGAGGCACACCAAAUACUGCGCUUUCGUCUCCUAUACAAAAGGACCAAACUACAUCAACAGGACGACGACGACGGAAAUCAAAGUCGCUUGCUAUGCUUUCAACAGUAGACUUGGCUACUAGCAGAAUGGAUAGCACAAAUAUAAAUCCCCAAAUAUGCAGCCUUGAUAAUGAAACAGUUGUUGUUUCAUCAACAACCAACAGUUAUGACGAGGCGACGUUACUUAAAUUAAAUAAAAUCGAUAGUCCUAAUCAAAUAUCUCACGAGCUUAAAUCGGUUCAAAAUGAUACUACCUAUGCUAUUAAAACCAAAGAUAGUAGUACCCAAUGUGUAGUGCCCUUAGGUAUUCAUUUUCUUAGUGCACCCAGCCAGCAAUUAAAAAAUCCUGUGAAAACUGUAAAUGGUCCAAUCGAUUAUAUAUACUAUGAAAUGGAUGUGCUUAUUGUGGUUCAAGAAAGGACCGUAAGCUUUUGGAAGUCUUUUAAACUCAUUAACGUCUUAGCUGGAUCACAGAAUUGCGAAAAAUAUUCCCAUCGAUUAAGUAAUGGAGACAUGUAUCAACCACCGUAUUUUUCACCUGCGAAAGAUGCCUCCCCUCAAUGGCUGCCUCUAGGGGAGUGUCGUCGCAUUUAUACCGAUAUGGAGAUUUCGACAUCAUAUGCAAAUCGAAUUUGCAUACACAACUCUAUACCCAUUUACGUUGAAAUGCGUUGCAGAGAGAUACCGCAUGAGAGACGUGAUUGCAAUCUCCUCUCAAUGUACAUUAAUAUAUAUUUUUUCAAUGAUGAAGAUAUGGUGGCUAAAAUGCACUCAAUUCAACUCGAUGCCGUACAGGGUUUGCCAGCUGAUGUCGUGUAUACCACAAUAACGGAUUCACGUUACUUUGUAAUGGCUUGGCCACAACAAAAUAUAUUGGGCAAACCACGUUCGGGUCUCUGCAAAUAUUCAUUAACACCAAAUCUAGAUACAUUGGCGAGCAUACGUGAUUUCAAGCAUAUUAGACAUUGUGUGCGUUAUCUAGAAUGUUCCACGGAUGAUAAACUACUCGGCUUCGGUGAUACACAACUAACCAUAUGGGAUCAUCGUAGUGGGGAUGUGCUAAUGAACUAUGACUUUAAUAUGAAAUUGGGUCAUAACUUAGGUUCUAUAUAUUAUCCGAGUUUGGAAAUCGGUCAAAACAGUGUGCUAUUGUUAUUUCAAUAUAAAAAAUGUAACAACGAGAAGGAAUAUGAUGCAACCGAAAUUAUACUUAUGGCUUGCAGUGUCUCGCACUCAACACCGUCACAUCGCGUACUGAGACGCCUAAAAACGCCUAACAUAGCUUUUGACACAUUAGAAAAUGCAAUAAACACCGGCGAUUAUAUUGUAAUAACUGCGAAAAAUGACGAAGAGAUUUGGAUAAAUAGUUCUGAUGCCACUACGAUAACCAGAGUACCCCCUCAAUAUACCAGACGUUUCUAUGCGAGGGGAAGAUCGCAAAUUAUUGAAUUGACAUCCAAAAGCCUUACAGUAGACUCGUUUUCAAGUCAUGUAAUAAAAUUGGCAGCGAAUCCAGCUGUUAUAGAAGCAAAGUGUAAUAACGAAGAGUAAAGUGGUGAUAUACAUAUGUAAAGUUUCGGAAACCUUUUUUAAGUUGCAGUAAGCUGAAUAUUUUGAUUUGUUUUUAUAGUUAACCCUUAGCCUUAAAAGCUAUUAAAAUUCGUUUCUAGUGAUUCAAAAGAAGUCAUAUCUUUCCGGAACCCCUUAAAUUUUUUUAGAAUAGCAUGAAUUCCGUAUACAAGUCAUGUAUAUAGUUCACACAAGUUAAGCAUAUGUGCGUAUUGCAUCUUUGCAGCAAAGCUGUUUUUAUAAGUGAAUUAAAUGUUACAGAAAAUCAUAAAAUGUGGAAAAAUUUGCGCAAUUAAUUAAAAUGUUUUAGUAUUUAAUACAAUAUUUUUUACUAAUUAUCAAAAGUUUCUUAACAAAGUAAAGAUACUUAAAAAUGCUGAGGUCCUUCCCUCUUAUAUUUUGGUUCAAACCUUUUUCUUACCUAUGUACAUAAAUUUAGCAAUUAUAUUUUAUUUAUUAAUAUAUUCAAUGAAUUUAUAAUACUUGUAACAUUUAAUCAUUCUCGAAAUGUCAAGAUGUAGAAAUUUGGUUAUUGAUUGACGGAAACUAAAUAAAAUUAUGAACUUAAAUUCGAAAUUUGAAUUCAUUUCUGAAGUAAAAAUUAAGUUUCCUCAUUAUUAAUUUAAACUCAUUAUUUCAUGGGUGUACAUACAAACAUAUCUGUGAAAAUAUACUAAAGCGCAGCUUAGUGCACAGGCUUAUUGUGAUGUUUCGAUUACGGUAAAAUAAAGAAAAUAUUGAAUUAUUUACUAUGUGCAGAAUUUGUACUAGUUAAUCGCUAAAA